AUGGCGAAUAACGGCAUCCGGCGGAAGGACACCACCAAGGGCCCGCCGCUGCGCAUCCUCUCGUUAGAUGGCGGGGGUGUGCGUGGCUACUCGAUGCUCAUCAUCCUCCAGGAACUCAUGCACCGCACCUUCGUCGAGACAGAGGGAAGGGCCCCAAAGCGACACGAAAUACCGAAACCAUGCGACCACUUCGACCUCAUCGGAGGUACAGGCACCGGCGGCUUGAUCGCCAUCAUGCUAGGAAGGCUGCGCAUGGACGUGGAGACGUGCAAAGAUGUCUACGUACGCAUGACAAAAAGAGUCUUUGAGACGGACAAGACUUUCGCCGGCAUUCCGUACCGACAUACCCUGUUCAAGGCGUCGAAACUCGAGGAUGCCAUCAUGGAGUGUGUGCGGGAGCACACCGUUUACGACGAUGAGGGAAACGACAGCGAGAACGCAAUGUCCUCCAGAGCUGACCUGCGCACGCCAAUGUCACCGGGUAGCGCUUAUCCCACGAGAAUGGAACGAAGCGCAAGCACAGCCAGCAGGUACAGCCAGAUUGGCAUGGCACCGGUGAACCCGCGGAUGGCUGCCUUGAAAUGGGGCAACCCGAAUGCACGGCUCUACGAUAACAGAGAGGAGCGUACGAAGACGGCUGUUACGGCUGUCUACAAGGGCUCCAAGAACGCUAGUACCGGGCAGAUACUCCUACGCUCCUACGAUUCGCGAAAAGAGACAUCAGUAGAACCGAAUGCCACCAUAUGGCAGGCUGGUCGGGCGACAUGCGCGACAGCACUUGCUUUCAAGCCAAUCCAGGUUGGCCAAUCGGUCUUCCUUGACGAAGGCGUCGGCAAAUACAACCCAGCACCAAUGAUCCUUGACGAGGCAGUAUGCAACGAAUGGCCUGGUCGCGAGGUGGGCGUCUUCAUCAGCAUUGGUACAGGAAAAAGGCCCGAGGGAACAAAUCAGCAAGCGCAUCUCUGGUGGGAGGGGUUUGUCUCAAGCGGCAUUGGGGAUUUUGCCGAAGCAAGGCGGAGGUUGAUCAGCAAAAUCGAAGACUGCGAAAAGAUACAUCUGUCGAUGAAGGAUCACCUGGCCAAGCGACAAGUCAACCCGGAACAUUACUACCGACUCAAUGUUAACGUUGGUGUUGGAGAAUUUGGUAUGAACGAGUGGAAUCGCCUCGCCGAAAUCAGCUCCAGCACGCGGAUGUAUUUGGGGGAUAAAGGGGUCCAAAGUAAAACCUUUGAUUCUGCUUCCAAACUUGCAAGGAUCUAUUUCGCCAAGGUGAGAUGGGACAGAGCAGAGAAGGGGCUGCCACCGCGCGGCGGCCCUGUACCACAGCUUAAGAACCCUUACGAGCGUCCUCUUCCUACCGUACCGGAUGCUUCUCCAAUGGUCGUUGAGCUUCCUGCUGAAGAGGUUGCGCCCAACUUCUACUCGCACCAACAGGAACCCGACAUCAUGCUCCAUCCGGCCUAUCGUCGCGCAUCAGAUAACGACAAGUUUGCAGUGCUAGCUUCCGAUGAGUAUCCCGAGCCCAUCGACUCAGCCCUGAGUCCACGCUAUUCUGGUGAAUUCGUCAACCUCAACCGCAGAUCGGCAGAACAAUUUACAGUGGGCUCAGCACACAACUCACCGCGGUUGAGUAACCGGAGCUUCGAGGAGCCGCAACCGAGUAGUCCAUAUCCAAAUAGCCCACCUCCAAGGCCACCAAAGACGCCGUUCGAGGAUGGUCUCCAGCCGUCAAACUUGACUGGCCCACCGACACUGCCACCCCCAACUUCGUCGUUGCCUAAGCCGCCUCCUGGUGCACCGCUGCCGUAUCCAGACACCGACGGACCGCCACCCAUCAAUAUGGCAAGGAAACCUGAAUUCAGACGGUGA